AUGGGGGACGCGAAGCCGCCGAGACUAAUGUCUCUUGCUAAUGGCUCUGUUAACAACUCAAAGCCAACGCACCCACGUAUGCCGAGAUACCAUGCGCCCGGAAACGUGCUUAAUAACAACUACUUCAUUAGUCGCUCGGGGACCAGGGCCUACUCAUCCGGAUCGUUCGCCUCGAAUUCGAACAGCAGUGUCGACAUGGGCUACGGCAAUGGAUAUAUGUACAACUACGCCCCGCAGCUAACGCUCGACGGAGAAGCCGAGCUCGAGCAAUGCCUCCGCGAUGGCAAGGUCGAGAUGGCCGCCAAAAAGAAGGAAUGGUACCCUUUGAUGACCGAUUUGCUUCCGACGAGUCCGCUUUGGAAACAUUACAUCUACGCGGUGCUGAUGCGCGAGCCCGGAUCUUUCCAGCGUCUCGCUGCACACGUCUUCGGCAAUUUCUUCGCCCAGACUCUGGUGAAGCACGCGACCGCUCCGGUGCAUCAGCAAUGGAUCAUGACAUCGCUGUUUGAAAACCUUGAUGAUCUCUGCUUCAACCGAUAUGCUUGCCGCGUGGUUCAACAGAUUUUCGAUCAUUUUCCGCCGGACACCAAGGCGGUUCUCUUCAACACUAUUCUGCAACGGGAAGAUGUUCUACGGAUGACAAAUGACGGAAACGCCAACCACGUUAUCCAGAAGAUGAUCGAGGAUUUGCCCAUUGCUUACUGGCGGAACCUUCUCGACAUCUAUCUUGCUGGAGAAGGCACCUUCUUCAAUAUCAUCGAAGACAAGUUUGGAUGCAGGAUCAUGCAGCUUGCCGUCGAUCAUUUGGCCAUUGCAUACGAAGACAAGAAGAGCCACUUGGAAGCCAAGGCUUGCCUGGAGCCUUUUAUGGCUCUUAUGAUCGACAACUGCGAGCGCCUUUCGAGCCAUGAGUACGCCAACUAUGUCGUCCAACAAGUCAUCAAGUGCAUCUCUGGUUAUCGCUCUGAAUUGAUCAGGACCUGCCUGCUGCGUAACCUGCUGUCGCUCUCCCAAGAAAAGUAUGCUUCGCACGUUGUCGAAUGCGCUCUGAAAUGCGGAGAUGCCCAAGACGUCUACCUGAUGCUGGAGGAAUUGUUUGACGGCUACAUGCCGGAGCCGAAGACUGGCCGAAAUUGCAUUGAUGUCCUGCUCUACCACCAGUAUGGCAACUACGUCGUCCAGCAUAUGCUCAGCGCUUGCUAUGAGAAUGCCAAGUUGCCCGAGUUCGCCAUUUACCGCAGCCGUCUGCUCGAAUGGGGCGAUCGUCUAAAGGCCUUGAUCGACACGAACUCCUCCUACUUGUCGCGCUACAGCUCGGGCAAGAAGAUGCUGCAUUCGCUUGAUCACCUGCUCAAA